AUGGCCGCGGAUUCAACCACGGUUCCAACGUGGAACGAUGCGUGGGCUCAGUGGCCGGAAUGGCAUCCUAGCUCCUACAGCCCGCACCACAUAAACCCAGACCAGACGCCCGUCUCCAAUACCAUCUUACCCAACGACUACACAUCAUAUUACCCCCCGUGUAAUGUAGAUUCAGCGCCUUGGGACCCAUACAACCUCGAUGCUUUCUUGUCAUGGCCGGCCGAGCCGGAAGUACGCAAAGGACACGCCAGCUCGCUCAUGAAUCUGCCACAUUACUCGCCGGCCGACUCAGCACCGAGCGACCCCCAGCUCAUGCAAAUGCCAGAAGCUUCCCGUCCCGCGCCGCCGCUCGAAACACCGCGCCGCCCCAGCGCGAGCCAGACGCCCAGCAGUUUCGGCCUCACCCCCGAAAGACCGUGGCCGCCUUCGCCCUCCGCAUCUGGCGCAUCGUCCCCGGCAGGCGGUGCGGGAAACAGGCCCAGCGGCAGGACCCCGUCCAAAAGGGGGCGGGCGAGUCGGCGCUCCAAGUCGGACGGCGGCGAAGCAUGCCCGCGUGGGACGCCGGCAGCCAUCAAUCGCCAUGGCAAGGCACAUUUCCGCGUUUGCCACAACGAGGUGGAGAAGAACUACCGCAGUAGGCUGAGCCACGACUUUGGAAUGCUGCUCGAUGUGCUUGUCGACUGUGCGGAUGAUCAGGACUUGUCGUCUGUGGGACUCACGGCCGGGACGGAACAGAGCUGGAGCAAGGGGUCGAUACUGAGGCUAGCUAGACGCAAGUUGCUGGAGCUGCAGGUCCAAGAUUGUUAG